AUGGUCGGGACCGGGGGUCGAAGCAAAGGUUGCCGGACCUGUCGUCGCCGCAAGGUCAAAUGCGACGAGGGAAAGCCACUUUGUGACCGUUGCCACAAAGCCGGAUUCCAAUGCGGUGGCUAUGUGGAAUUCGUUCAAUUCAUCGAUGAAACAAGUCGCCUCAAAAGCAAGAUCUUACGAAGAGCUCCCUCUCCAGCUGUUACCUCCAGGCCUCUAUACCGUUCCGAGUCACCAUUGGAACAUGCCAUCAAUUUCGAUUUCAGUUUCAAUUCAUACUUCCCAUUAACCGUCAACCCGUCAUGGAACGAGAAUGAUAUAAUGACUACACAUCUUCUACGAGGAAUCUUUGACUGGGAUGGAGAUUCUACAUCUCCCCAUGCGACAUGGGAUUCGAUCCUCCUAAGCCAGGACAAUGGAACGGAGUUGUCAACGGCCUCGAUACGCGCCUUGAGCACGGUUUAUUUUGGCAAGAUGAACAAGCAGCCUCGAAUAAUGAGAGAGGGCGCAAAACAAUAUGCCGAUGCUCUCAAAAUGCUGCAAAUAAAACUACAGUGGCAGGAGCAGGCGAUUGGGGAUGAUGUCCUCAUUGCCAUCAUUCUACUCGCUACCUACGAGUUGAUCUGUCUGACACAUCCAAAGGCUUGGCUUUCGCACUAUAAGGGACUGGCUAAAUUGAUGAUGCUGAGAGGGCCACAUAGACAUCAAUCGGGUGUUGGACUCGCCCUCAUGCCUACAAUUAGGUCAAGUAUCGCCCUUGGCUAUCUUGUCGAACGAAAGCGUUGUUUUCUCGAACAGCCUGCGUGGAAAACCAUACCAUGGGCCAAGCGAGGUCUCGACUCGAAGACACCUACCGAUACAUUGCAUGAUGUCCUUUGUGACAUACCUGGUAUACUAGAGGACCUGAGUGGUGCACUAUCAUGGACCCCCAAUGUCCCCGGCAAUAUAGAGUUCACCUCAUGGUUUAUCCCGCAAGUCUUGUCAACCUUGGGGACCUUAUACUCCUGGCGAUGGGAUUGGGAAUCAAGAUUUCCGAACUCGACAUUCAUCACCACCCCCGUCGAAUACGACAUUGACACGAUCUCUCUCCCUCCGAGUCCGUUCAAGUCCAUCAUAUGGUUCAGCGAUCCUAAUCGAGCCACAGAGCUCAUCGUCUACAACGCACUGCGUCUCAUACUCACACGUACUCUACAAAUAGCUGGAGUUCAGCAAGAGGAUAUUCAGCUUCAGGGGGUCAGUGACCCGCUUCUUCCAAUGGAAGGCAAUCGGAACGAUAUCGCCACUGAGAUAUGUCGAAUAGUAUCAUAUCACCUGAGUUGCUUCCGGCGAAGCUCUGGUGCAUAUAUCCUCGUGUUUCCACUAAAUGUGGCUUAUUUGCAUCUGGAUCCAAAUUCCACUGCGAUAAGAUCUUGGCUGGAGAGCGUCAUGGCGGUCAUUGCUGACUCCCAUGGAUUUGAGAUCGGGAGAUCGGAAAACACACCGAGGAAAGCCGGUGAUGUGCAUGGCGGUCUUCAAUGA